AUGAACGAUGUCGUGAGACAGUUGGUUGACCUUCCCUCAACUUCAACCAAACGUCCAAAUGUCUUGCAACCGGAAUCUCAACGUCCACAUUUAAUUUUGGGUCUUGUUCGACCUUCGAACCCCCAGGCAUAUCAAGUUUUUCGUGAUGGAGCUGUGAUGGCCUUGAUAGGUAAGUACUUUACCUCCUCGAAUUCGAGUCCAGCAACGAAUUUGGCCCAUUCUCGAUACGCCGUGCUUGUUAUAUCUCCCAGGAGCAAAGACUUUGGGUAG